AUGAGUGCUCACAGUGGUUGUAUGAGUUGUAAUGAAAGCUCAGAGCAUUUUGAAUCUAAAAUCGAAGCUGAAUGUUCUGAAGCUGAAGAUGCCCAAAUUAGACUGGCACCGCAUGUGCAAGCUUACUUGGCUCAUAAUAACUCAACUACAAAUUGUUGUGGUUUUGCAAUACCAAUUGCCUUUGAAAGGGCUGCACCGGGAACAUGGUGGAAUCCAAGGUUUGACUCACCAAUACUUGAAGGCCAGUACAGAAGUAGCUCUUUCAGACAGAUAAGAUUGAGAUUUAGAUUUGCACUUUUAUACAUUUUAAUAUUUUCCAUUUCAUGGUUUAUCUAUUUUGUGGUACUUGGUCUGAAUGAUGUGAGUGUAAAAUGGCCAUUUUUAUGUUUAAUAUUUGCUGGAGUAUUGUUAAUUACAUCUGUAAUGUUGUUUCUAACCUUUACUGAAAUAUAUAAAGUACAUACAAUCAGAUUGUCAAUGACUAUGGCUCUUGCUCUGUGUAUCCUCAGCUUGUCCCUCAUAGCCCUGACAACACAAUUAGAUCCAAAUUCACUUUUGAUAGCCGAUAUAAGUCAAUCGGGUCACUUCACCAUGUGCAUUGAAAUACUAUUGAUAAUCUAUACUUUAACCCCAUUACCCCUCUUUGCUUGUGUCUCAAUAGGGCUCCUGUAUUCUAUAGCUUUUGAGACCCUCAAUGUAUUCUUACAUUUAUCAGAACAAGAAUGGCAAUAUCCUGGAAUGUUAGUCAGAAUUUUACUUCAUUUUUGUGUGCAUAUAAUUGGUGUACAUAUUUACCUUAUGACUUUUGUAAGAAUGAGGGGUACGUUUAUGAAAGUGGGUCAGAGUUUGCUAGUCAGAAGGCAGCUGGAGAUGGAAAAGCAGCUGAAAGAGAAAAUGAUUCAUUCAGUAAUGCCGCCAAAGCUUGCUAGUUGGCUGAUGGAGGAGCAAGUGACAGAAACUGAAACUAUAUCAAAAAUUCAUGACCCACUUCAGGCCAGAACAUCAAACCCUGGUGCUUCAGAUAUUAAAUCAUUAUUCAGACCGUUUAACAUGAGUUCAAUGGAUAAUGUGAGCAUCCUUUUUGCGGACAUAGUUGGAUUUACAAAAAUGUCCAGCAACAAAGGUGCAGAGGAAUUGGUCAACAUAUUGAAUGACCUGUUUGAGAAGUUUGACGAGUUGUGCCUAAUACAUGGAUGUGAGAAAAUCUCCACUCUAGGAGAUUGUUACUACUGCGUAUCUGGUUGUCCAGAGCCGAGGCCCGACCACGCCACUUGCUGUGUUGAAAUGGGACUAGGAAUGAUAGAAGCGAUUCAAGAAUUCGAUCGGGAAAAAGGAGAGGGUGUUAAUAUGAGAGUAGGCGUCCACACGGGGACCGUCCUGUGCGGCAUAGUGGGGACUCGCAGGUUUAAAUUCGACGUAUGGAGUAAUGACGUAACACUCGCGAAUAAAAUGGAAUCAACGGGAAAGCCGGGCCGUGUGCAUAUAUCCGAGGAAACGAGCAAAUUCCUCGGGGGCUCCUACGUCUUAGAAGAGGGCGAGGAAGUUUUCGGUCAUAAAACCUACUUUAUAGAGGGCCGGCAGCUGAGUUCUCCGUACGACCACGAUUGCCUGACCCCCUCCAAUCCAGUGAACUUGCGUCUUAUCAUAUCUCCGGCCGCCUCCCCACAAUCGGCUCUCUCUAUCAGCCAUUCGCCCUUACCUAUCUCCGCGAAGACCGGCGACGCUUCUGCAGGCGACAAAACGAAACCCGAAGCCAAGUUCUCCGACUUCCUAUCGCCGAGCACGUUUAGUUUUCGUAAUAAAGCCAGCUCUCUGCCGAGUAUUUUGGACUCGGACACGGAGUUAGAAGAUAAACGAGAUAAGCGGUUCGUGAACGGAAACGAUGCCUCGUCGAAAAGCCCCACGUCGAUCGGUAGCUGUGGAAAGUACACAAACAAAAUAAAACAAUGGAAGAUACCGAAGUUUUUAAGAAAGCACUCGGACACCCCUUUGCACGAAAUGAAGAAACAGAACUUCAGCGCCAAAACCAUACAUAUAGUGGAGUGUGGGGACGCGCAGACCAAUAAUGGUUACCGCAAAGUACCGAUUGUUAUAGAAUCUCAUGAGAAGCCAAGACAGAGUAGUAGCAAAUUGAGUAGCCGUACAAAUGAGAUGUUCGAGAGGGAAAUAAUAGAUAUACGGUCGUAUCUAAGUCAGUCUCGAAGCAAUAUGUCGCCGUUUGCGAGGAGCAGCAGCUACAGGUCGCAGUAUGGGAGACCGAACUUAGAGCCAGGGCCAGUUAGUCGCGCACGCAGUUCCACGCUGGCCACGCAGGGUGAACUGAUCAAGCCAAAGGACAGGAAAUUGAACCUGCCCGUACCGAACCACCCCGGCAGACUGCCCGACGACAUUGUCAGCCUCUGCCCGUCUGUCAACAGCAGGAAGGAUUCAGGGAUCAGAAGCACUAGUAGGCGAUCUAGCAUACAACAGCAGAUAUUCGUAUUGAAUCACGUCUCGUUGGCGACCUCCCAAGUGGAUAUAAUGCAGCAAAGAGUGUCCGGGUAUUACACCUCGAGCCAAUCGUCCCUCGACAUCCCCCCCCGCUCGAAGCUCCCUCCGCCGCUCGACGAUGAGCAAGUUCGGUCCUUGCAGAAAUUGCGGAAACAGUCCGACCUUCAGCUCAUCCGCUGCGUUCAGGACAACGCGAGAUCCGGAAUCAACUACUUCGUGCAGCCGCCCUUGAACGGGCUCACGCUUUUCUUCAAAACGCCGGACAUGGAGAGGCACUACCGCGACAGAGCCCACAGGAGCGACGACUGCGAGGAUUUCCCUCCGACCCUGACCACGUCGCGCUUCAAUACCGCCCUCGACAUCUUGGUGUCGUCGAUCAUAUUCGUGAUAGUCGCGGCCUCCAUCAUCAUAGUCUACGAGGAGUGGCGAUUUUCCAUCGGGUGGUUUGUCGCGUUCGUGUCCAUCGAAGUGGCGGCGAUGUCCCUCUGCGCGUACCGGCACUACCUCAAGUGGAGGUCGAAAUUGGACCCCGACGACGUCGCGCAGACCUUGAGGAGGGCCGUCAAAGUCUUUCGGAAGCUGUCGAACUGGUACCCGUGGCACUUGUCCGGCAGCCUCCUGAUAAGUCUCCCCAUUCUGGCGGUCCUGCUGAACUUCUCUUGCCAAAUCACAACUUUGACGAUACUAAAGGGGAAACAGUCGUUCUACAUCUACCUUUUGACCGUCUGUAUCGUUCACUUUUGUAACUUCACCCAGAUGAGUUGGCUCGUGAAGAACGCCUUGGUGACUCUGUACGCGGCUCUGUUCCUGUUUCUAUCCCUCCUCGGCUGCCGAGAUCUCAAUACUCAAUUUCUAGAAUCGAUCGAUAUCACGCCGAGCUUGAACCUAUUCGCUCAAAACGGCACAAACAUCACGGAUUUACUCUCGGAGGACUCGACGGGGAGCAACGGUACGUUGGCGUCGGACGCCGUUCGUCACGAGAUGCAUUUGAGGGAGCUCUACCUGGACGUCGUGUUGCUAUUGAUCUUGGUUUGGUUUCUGAACAGAGAGUUCGAGAUAAGCUAUCGACUCAGUUUCUACAGCAACGUGGUCGCGACCAGAGACAAACAGAAGGUCCAAACCAUGAGGAAUCAAGCGGAUUGGCUGCUGCACAACAUCAUCCCGCGGCACGUCGCAGACCAACUGAAAAGCACCGCCAAAUACUCCGAGAACCACAGGGACGUCGGCGUCAUCUUCGCGAGCAUUGUCAACUUCAACGAAAUGUACGACGAGUCGUAUCUCAAGGGGAAGGAGUAUCUGCGGGUUCUCAACGAGCUGAUAGCGGACUUCGACGAACUGUUGGAGAGGCCGGAGUUCCAGCACGUCGAGAAGAUAAAGACGAUAGGCAGCACCUUCAUGGCGGCCAGCGGCCUCGACCCCGAUCUGAGGCAUUCCCUGCGAGGCCCUCGCGAGCACCUCUACCAGCUCAUGGAUUUCGCCCUCGAGAUGCAAAAAGUCGUCGAAAAUUUCAAUCGGGACUUGCUGGAGUUCGACUUCAUCCUUCGGAUCGGGUAUAACUUCGGCGACGUCACCGCCGGAGUGAUCGGCACUUCGAAGCUCUACUACGACAUCUGGGGCGACGCCGUGAACAUCGCCUCGCGGAUGGAUUCGACGGGCGUCCCCGAGCGGAUCCAGGUGGGCGAGGCUUGCGCGUCGGCUCUCUCGUCCCGGUACGUCUUCGAGCCCCGGGGCAGCGUCUACGUCAAGGGCAAGGACGACAUGAACGUGUUCCUCGUGAUCGGCAAGAGGGACGCGUAG